AGGAUAUUAUUCAAGAUGAUUUCUUCAGCAUCAUUUCCAAGCAUCCAAAGGUGAAAGAACUACAUCGUGAAAGAACGAAAAUACAAGCCGAUGAUGGUGUUGCCGAUUUUUUUAACUUGGAGAAUUACUCAACAAAAGAUCUACCAGUUUUUAUUGGACUGUUUACCAGCAGAUCAAGUCGAAGAAAUUAAAAAGGAACGAUCAUUCUCACCAUAUAAGUUUUUCCAGAUGAAAUUGGCAAAGGCGGAGAGAAGACUUGUUCAUUUAUCAGUACCGAGGGCAAAGGGUGGCGAAGAGUAUGGAGCACGUUUGAAGAAGCGGCGUCGACGAGGAAAUCUUGUUUCCCAGAAGAGGACGAUUACAGAAUUGAAAGGCAUUAUAGAAGCCCAUGACAAGAAGGAAAUGGAGAUUAAAUAUGCAGGUCUUAUGGAUUGGCAGAAUUGACUCUGCAAUACCUCCAAGUUAAAAAAAUCUGCAACACCAUCAU